AUGACGAACACUAAUUGCCAUAGUAGAAUUCCUAUACCUAAUUGUGAGUUGAGUAGCUAUACUGAAAGUUUAACAAUUAUGGGGACUCCUAGAAUUCAAAUUCGAAAUACGGAUCGAAAGACCUAUAUUUUAAUCGGGUCAAUAAUUUUGUUCGUUGGUGCUAUUGUAGGAAUUAUAGCAGUAACUAUAUAUUUAAGAAACAGCAACAUUGAUGCUCAACCGCCUAGUUACCAAGGCCGUAUUUAUGGAUUCAGCCAGCUUUUCAACUCUUCAUUUAAUCCACAGUCAGUCUAUGUGAGCUGGCUUAGCGAUACAUCCUAUGAAUAUAACAAUGCAGAUGGAGAUCUUAUAGAAUACAAUGUUGAUACUAAUACUUCUAAAACCCUUCUAACAGCAUCUGAAAAGGCAUCACUUAAAGGGGAAAGGACUUGGAUUAGUCCUGAUGGCCAAUAUUUAUUGCUAGCCUAUGAAGUGAAAUUGCAAUAUCGAUAUUCUUUCUUUGCACGUUACGUGGCUUACAGGAUCUCAGAUAAAAAAGUAUUUCGCCUGGAGCCUAUGGGAAGUAGUAAACUAUUGCGAUAUAUGGGCUGGUCAGCUACAGGUCACCAAUUGGCAUUUAUCUAUCUAAACGAUAUAUACGUUAUACCUGAUCCAACGCAAGGGAAUGCUUCUGUCCGAUUAACAAAUACUGGAGUUGAUGGAAUUAUUUUUAAUGGUGUACCGGAUUGGAAUAGCGAAGCGAGAAAUAUCGCUAUCUUCUUUAACACCCUUGAAUUGCAUAUUCUUGCAUCAUUAUCUACCUUAGAGGAAAUUUUAUAUAGUAGUAAUGCACUAUAUUGGUCUAAAUCGUCUACCUAUAUCUGCUAUGGGAAUUAUAAUGCUAGUGGAGUUGGUUCAGCGCAAUGGAUGUGGUACGAAGGGAAAAUGUCUUAUACUACAGUUAAAUCGAUUCAAUAUCCUAAGGCUGGUACUAAAAACUCUAAAAUAGCAGUCUAUGUCACCAAAGCAACGGAUGCUAGAAACGUUGUUCAGCUACUUCCCCCGGCAAAAUUUGCUAACGAAGAAUAUUAUUUCACUAAUGUGGUUUGGGCAUCCGAUACUAUUGUUACUGUGACGUGGCUAAAUCGAUUUUCUAACACAAGCAUUUUAAUGUCAUGUGAUGCAACCAAUGGGCAAUGUCGGCAGAUUCAUCAUCUAACACAAUCAAACGGCUGGAUAGACUACAAAUAUAAAAGCCCAUUAUUCAAUUCCGCUGGUGAUUAUUACUUUGCUGUUCUUCCUAAGAAAGGUGCGAGUGGAAAAACAUAUUUCCAUAUAGCUCGAGUAACACUUUCGGACGGGAGAAAAUUUUGGUUAACUGCUGGCAACUGGCAAGUUACAACUAUUUACGCCUAUUCCGAAGCCAGGCAGUUGAUAUUUUUUCAGAGUACUCAACUAAGUUCUACCAGUAGAAAUAUUUAUAGUGUUUCGAUUAAUGGUACUAAUAAGAAAUGUAUUAGCUGUAAUUUUAAGCCCAUUGAGGAAUGCAACUUCUAUACUGGUUCAUUUAGUACAAAUGGACAUUAUUGCCUACUUGGUUGCCGAGAUGUGACAAUGGAAACAAAUCAACGCCUUAGAAAUAUACUAAAAGACAUUACAUUACCCAAGCGCGAAAUUAUGGAGUUUGAACGCGACGGAUAUAAGAUGAACACUUUUAUUUAUUAUCCUCCUGGAUUUGAUAAGGAUAAGCAGUAUCCUGUGUUAAUGUAUAAGUUUAUGUAUAGCACAUACUUGAGAAUGGGUGUACAAGAAGCAGAGGAUAUCAUUGCCUUCGCAAAGUAUAUUAAAACAUUCCGUUAUGUUCAUAAAAGUAAAGUGGGCAUAUUUGGAUGGUCCCAUGGGGCCUAUCUUGGAGGUAUGGCUAUGGGUAUUAAUGACCAUGUUUUCAGUUUGGGUCUACUUGUUGCUCCAGUAUCUGAUUUUAGAUUUUAUGAUACUGGUUACACUGAAAGGUUUAUGCUUUCACCUAAAGAAAACUUAAAGGGCUAUGAAGAAGCUUCAAUCCUCAAUAGACUGGAUGGAUUCAAAAAUGCGACAGUUUUUAUUGCUCAUGGCAAUGCCGACGAUAACGUUCAUUUUCAAAAUAGUGCAGUCUUGGUUCAAUCAUUGCAGGAGAAAGGAAUCCAAUUUAGAAUGAUGAUGUAUCCAAAUAAAAAUCAUAAUAUUGAUGGUUAUGGAAGGAAACAUUUAUUUGUCGCCAUGACCAAUUUGAUUGCGGAAAAAUUUGUUUUAGCUAAUCCGUUCCAAAAUAAUUAA